AUGAUUACUGCCGGUUAUCUCGAAGUGCUACCGCAUGUACCUUGGGAAGCGGAGUGUUGCGGUUGGGGCUUCUCUCAAUACGCGGAUUAUGAAGACCAUCUUGCCAAUUCUCCUCAUCACCACUACUACGGACUAUGUGAGAUACACAUCGAAUCCGAACGGUCCCAGCAAGCUCAUCUCUCUGCAAGGCGUAAAAUCUGCCGAUGGUGCCGAACAGACGUUGGCGACAACCUUACUUUUCACCAUCAGGCAUGUCACAUGCAGUGUGUGAGAUGUGACCGGUGGCACGCCGACCGCGCCGAACUUGAACGCCAUCUCUCAAAAGAUCAUGCCGAUGUGUUUUGUGCGCCAUGCAAAGUGCUGUUCGCGCAGCCCAACGAAUUGGCGAUGCAUCGCAGGUCCUCAGUCCAUCAACCAAAGGCUGUCAGAUGUCCCCAUCGCGCUUGCCUUAAGACAUUUGUGAACACUCCAGCACUUGUUGCGCAUUUCGAAGCCGGUAUCUGUCAAUCUGGAGUGACGCUGGAACACGUAGAUGAUCACUUCGCAUACGAUUGCGACCAUCAACAACUAUUUGUCAGAAGGGAAUCGAUCUUUGCCAAACGUCGCUGGUCAAUUCCCACUCACUAUGGUCCAUUCCAAUGUCCGUGCUGCCCUAAAGCAUUCGACUAUCACGGCCAGCUCUUAUCCCAUCUCGACUCUCCCAGACAUAAGAACCACGACCAGAAGGCAUACGUCUGUCCUUCCGCACGCUGCGGAAUAGCCCAUUUUUAUUCCCUCUCCGCCUUGCUAUUGCAUCAAGAAACUGGCAAUUGUGAAAUGGGACAUCGACGGCAACUGUCCCAAUUAGUCAACCGUUUGCUCAACAUCAUCACGCAGCUCUGA